UGUUGUCAAUGUGUCAAUAUUCUACAUUUCAGCAUAUUUUUAAAUGUACCGAGUCAAUAUAAAUGUGUUAUACUUCACAGUAUAUUGUUGAGUACAUGAUUGAGUCUGGAAGGGUCCAUGUUGGUUAUCAUGGAGUCUGGAUUGGUCUGACUGACAGUGAUGUGGAGGACACAUGGAAAUGGGUUGAUGGCACCAACAUGACCUUUGGGUAAGAAAUCACUGAAUUGAACUUAUCAUAUAAUGAAUGAUUCUCACAGUCAGUAUCAUAUCACACAGAAAGCAACAUUGAACAUCUAAUGCUGAUCUGUUGAUGCAGGUUCUGGGAUCCUCAAGAGCCCAAUGGACAUAGAGGAGAAAACUGUGUUUUAACUUAUUCACCAGGAUGGGCUGAUUAUCCAUGCAAUGAUCAUUUUCAUUGGAUCUGUGAGAAGACUAUUUUACCUAUUGUACUACUCUAAGAACAUUACAAUACUUUCUUGAAUACAUUUCAAUACAUAUGUUGGCCUAUAUAUUACUUUACACACACAUAGUAUUAUUGAAUAGCUUUUUGUUCUAUUGUUAUUCUGUAAUAAACUAUGUUUAAAAUAACAAAUCUCUUCGUUUUGAAUAUACAUUCAUAGAUUUUAUUAUUAUUAAUAAUUCUAAAAAUGAUUUCUACACUUUAGAAGUCAUCAAAACUAUGAAAGAACACAAAAGAAAAAUUAUUUAGUGACCAAAAUAUUAAACAAAUCAGUCUUCAAAUAAUGUCCUGGCAGAAUAAAGUCCUGGCAGCAUUACUAGUACUUUUUCCAUUACAUAUACAAUAUAAAUAUAAAUAAAUUAAAUUUCCUUCAACCCUAAAACACAAGGCAAUGAAUGUGUAUUUAAAAAUAUGCAUAACACAGCUGUGAAAAAAAACAAAAAACAAAAAAAAACACAAAUAAAUAGAGAAUAUUUUAUUAAAGCAAUUUCCUUGGAGUUUAAGCACAAAAUUAUUGAAAAUAUAGAAAUGCUGUGUUGGCAUAGCAAUUCUACAUGAAGUGAUCUGUCUGGGUGAAAGAAAAAAAAAAGUACAACUAUAUUUCACCCGGUAAAAAUCUAAACUUAAACCUUGAACUUAUUUACUUGAAUUUAACAUAGUAAUGUGCCUUGAAUCCCCUAAAUAUCAAUCAAUGAUCUAUGAAUGUUGAUUGAGCAUGCAGUGAAAAAGAAGAAGAAAGCCAGAUCAAUAUGUCUGUAAGCUUCAAGAAGAUGAAUAAUGAUCAGUGAACACAUUAUGACCCAUAUUACUUGCAGUGUGAAGUGACUUUACACGCUUCUUUGUGUUGAAAGCUCCAAGUACGUGCAUGACAGUCACACUUGAAACAUACUACAAAAAUGAGAAAGGAUGGACCCCAAAUGAGACUGCGUGAAGGUAUUUUUGUAUUUUAAACUGUUUGGACUAUCUUGUAUUGCCGUUUGAUUUUGUUACAAUCUAAGCACAUUAAGUUAAUUUAUAUUGAUAAACAGUUUUGCACAGAAAUCACCAUAUUUUUUAGUAGUCCACAUUUUUUUAUAUAAAAUGUUUUAGUUUGUAUGUAAAAUGCACAUAAAAAAUAGAACUUGUUUAUUCUGGCACUGUGCCAUUUACAAAGCAUGAUGGUGAAAGUGUUAAAAAGUAGAAACAGAGGAGGAAAUAUGCAGAAUUUAAGCAACUUACAUUCAGGAAAUUGUCUUCAAUUAUUGGUUUUCAGCUAUGUUUUAUUCACAGAUUGGGUGGCACAUUAUCUUAAAGCUCAAACUUUUUACUCUUAUUUCCUGAAAACUCACUCGUUCAUUUUUUUAAAGGUCAAACUGCUCACUUUUAUUUUUCCUACAUUUAUACUGUCAAUCCAUUUUCUCUAAACCAACAUUAUGAAUGCUGCUGCAAAACAACUGGUUUCAAACCAAAAAAGAGGCAAACUACUGGCUAAGUCUGAGUAAAAACUUGACAGAAGAGAGAGAGAGGAAUUAAGGAAGGACUUGGUGAAACUCCAGGCCAGGCUUUACGAACACGGUAAUCAUUUUGUAUAAUUCAAAAAGCUGGAAAGAUGCACACAGCCAAUUUUUUUUCUAAAUAAAAAAAAAAAAAAAAAAUAAUAAUAAUAAUUAAUUGAAAACAAUGGCUGUGUCCGAAAGCUUAGGUAGCGGACUUGUUGCCUCGCUGCCUCAUGCACACACCACCUCCACAAUUCUUAUUUUAUUAUAUAUUGCAGUAUUUAUUAUAAAUGAUUUAUCAAUGCACAUCACAUUUAAACUGCAUGUGCCCUCAUAAUCUUUAAUUAAAAGAACAUCCCCUCCUUCUUGCAAUGACAUCUCUUGUCUUCUCUGAUGACAUGUUUACUGCCACGACGACGGGACAGCCUGUCACUCACAUGACAUCACGGCAAUUGCAAUGGCCGAGUUUCACUCAGUCCACAAAAGGGAAGAAAAGACUAUCACAACUUCUGUGUCAUGCUGACUUUAAGGAUCUGAUGUCACAUUUCUUUUCACACACUCAUCGUUAAAAAGAAGAAAUGUCUGAUGGUAUUUAUGACGAUGUGAUCAGGACAGAGUCUGAGGGAAUGAACAGAGCGCGAGUGGAGAUGAUGGUGGAAAUCUAUAAGGGUGCAGACUGUGUGAGAGAUCAUGACUUCAGGACAAACACACAACCACUUCAGCAUACAGGAAGUGAUAGUGUGAAGAUCAGAAGCUCCGGAGCAGCUCCAGUGUGUUUGGCACUGCUCUGUGUUCUUCUGCUGACUGCAGUCAUAGUGCUGUGUGUCCACAUCCAUACAAAGAGCACAAACUACACAGAAGAGACACACCAGCUAAUAACUAACAUCACCAACAUCAUAGAAGAGAGAGAGCAGCUACUAACUAACAUCACCAACAUCAUAGAAGAGAGAGACCAGCUACUAACCAAGAUUACUAACCUGACAGAAGAGAGAGACCAACUACUGAACAAGAACAUAACCUUGACAAAUAAAAGGGAUGAAUUAACCAAGAACAAUUACCAGACUAAACAAAGAGACCAGUUCAAUCAGGAGAGAAAUGAAUUGUGGAAGAUGCUCAAUGAAAUGGAAGGAUACAUUUAUCAGUCCAGUUUUUACUAUAUGUCUGCUGAAAAGAAGAACUGGAACGAGAGCAGAAGACACUGUACAGAGAGAGGAGCAGAUCUGAUCAUCAUAAACAACAGAGAGGAACAAGAGUUUGUUAAAAAGAUGUCUGGUAACACUGGAGUCUGGAUUGGUCUGACAGACAGUGAUGUGGAGGGCAGAUGGAAAUGGGUUGAUGGCAGCGCACUGACCUCUGGGUUCUGGAUGUUUGGAGAACCAAAUGGAUAUGGAAAAGAGAACUGUGCUGUGUUAUAUCCAUCAGGGUGGUAUGAUUAUCCAUGUAAUGAUGCUUUUAAAUGUAUCUGUGUGAGAAAUAUUUAAAAAAACAAAAAACAAAACAAAAGAGCAAUUCAAUUAAAUAUAUUUUACAUCCGUAACUACAAUAUGUGAAAUGUGUUGUAUAACUAAGUCAAGUUUCUUAAUAUUCUCAGAAUAGUUGUAAAUAAUGGCAGUAACUACUGUAUAGUGACAGUGAGUAAAGCAUAUAUAAAAAACAUGGCCAAGAAGAAAAGACAAAAAAAAGUAGUAGUAAUUAAGGUGAAGAACUAAGUGUGAAACCAUCAGAAAACCUCUAGUCUGAUAUCUUUAAGUUAAAGACAAUAACUGUCACGAUUCCUGUCACUUCCCGGACUCCAAUUCCCAUAAUUCUCCCUGCCCGUCACCUGCACACGCUCCACACUAAUCACCAAUGACCACACCCAGCUGCAGCACAUUAACCUGACUAUAAAAGACUCUCAUUCACCACACAUCAUUGCGAAGUCUUGUUAACUCUGUUACAUUUCUGAGCGGUGUUAUUCUGUCUGCCACCGAACCUGUUGUCUGUUACCCGUCUACGAUUCUCUGCUGCAUACCUUUGGACUGUGUAUUGUUUCCUGACCUGUGAGUGAUAUCUGCCUGCCCCGAUCUACUGCCUGUACUGUGACCACGAUUCUGCCGGUCCCUUGCUGUUCCUGUUUACCCCUGUUUUGACCUGGCCUGUAUGACUACGCUCUUAUCUAAUAAAAGCUUGCAUUUGGAUUCGAA